CGGGGCGGGUGGCAGCGGGGCGUAGCGCCGGGCUCUCCGCCAUGCCCAAGUACUACGAGGAUAAGGAGGAGGACGGGCGCGCCUGCAGCGGCGUGAGGGAGGACCUGCGGCAGUGCCUGCUGGAGAGCCCCUGCGUCCUGCAGGAAAACAAAAGCCCUAAACAAUGCUUGAGGGAAGGACACUGUAGGAGUUUGCAAGUGACAUUCUUUGCAUGCAAAAGAUCAAUGUUGGAUACCAGGGCAAGAUUCAGAGGAAGGAAGGGAUACUGAAGUCCUCAUCAAGAGAUCUCGCCAUGGAAAUUUGGAGUUCAUCAGCACUGUACACAAAACAGACUAAAAUAAGAAGAUGGUACCUGCUGCAUCCUUUCAUGCAGUGUUUUCAUGGAAGGUAUCUAUAUUCCAACAGAUUGACCUGGAUGUGCAUUUAAAUGUUAAAAAGAAGGCAAGCAUAAAGCUACAAGUUCUGGCCAAAAUUAUUAUCUGUCAUGUACUUGGAAUAAAAAUUUGAAAUCCAGAACAAGCUGCAGAAGUUGCAAUUCUGUUUUGAAGUAAAGUUGCCAUUUGUGACUCUACUGUAAAUUCUGAUUAUGUUUUACUAUUAGAAAUAAUAAAAGGCAUGGAACUGGGAGUUCA